AGGUGUUAGCGGCAGCUGCAGCAAGAGCAUUUGGCGCGAUGUCUCACACCAUUUUGCUGGUACAGCCUACCAAGAGGCCAGAGGGCAGGAUUUAUGCUGACUAUGAGUCUGUGAAUGAGUGCAUGGAAGGUGUUUGUAAAAUGUAUGAAGAACAUCUGAAGAUGAUGAAUCCCAACAGCCCUUCCAUCACAUACGAUAUCAGUCAGUUGUUUGAUUUUAUUGACGAUCUGGCAGACCUCAGCUGUCUGGUUUACCGAGCUGAUACACAGACAUACCAGCCGUAUAACAAAGACUGGAUCAAAGAGAAGAUCUACGUGCUCCUCCGUCCGCAGGCCCAACAGGCUGGGAAGUAAUUGAGUCGGAAGCAUUGGGGCUGGGGGUGGACUUGGAACAGGUACAUAAAGCGUGCUGUAGUGAACCUUUUGUAUGAUAGCGAUCCUGUUUCAACGUUGUUACACUCAAGCCAAAAUUGAAUGUCUGACAUGAACCGUGAAUGAUCUUGUCACUCUGAAGCCACCGUGGCCCUUUGCUCCUUUACUUUCAUUUUUUUACUUAAACAUUUUUAUGAUAAUACAAAUAGAAAACAUUUUUGCCAUUUAA